AUGAAAGAUUUUGAACGGAAGCGUCUUGAAGAGAAGGCUCGAAAAGCAAAUGAGGCUGCUGCUGCUGCUUCUUUGGAAAGUACACUGUCAAACGUUGUCUCAACGACUUCUGAAGUGCCAUCUGCAACAGAAAAGCCUCCUGAGCAGAAUUCUAUUGUUCACAGCAGUGGUCACAUCGUCCGUGGUCCAUCUACCCCGGCCGAUUCUCCAGAACAGCCGCGUUCUGAAGAUUGCGAAAAAGAGGGCAUGGGCUGUGAACUUCCAUCUUCUUCAGUAGAGGUUCCACCAGUGCCAGCGUAUGAGGAAAUUGAAGAGUGUAUCUACAGAGUAGAUAAUAAAAAGAAGGCUAUGUCUCUCAUGUGUUUCUGCCGAGGCAACAACCUAGAUUGCUCUGACAGUAGGUGCGAUAACAGGGCCAUGUUCACCGAGUGUCCGAGGAACUGUUUAGGGAAAGGCAAGGACUGUGGGAAUAGGCGGUUUUCUAAGCGGGAAUACGCGGCCGUACAAGCUUUCUAUACUGGUCCCAAUAAGGGAUUUGGCGUUCAAGCAGUAGCUCCUAUAAAAAAAGGUCAAUUUAUCAUUGAAUAUGUUGGAGAGGUGGUUUCAUCCGAGGAGUUUGCGAAACGCUUAAGAAGGUAUGGUCGUGAUCCUUCACAUACUCAUCAUUAUAUGUUUGAAAUCGGUUCCAUGAUUAUUGAUGCAACAAAGAAGGGCAAUUGUUCCCGCUUUAUGAAUCACUCUUGUGAACCCAAUGCUGUUUGUGAAAAAUGGUAUGUGCCACGUACCCCAUGUGCCAUUGACAGGAUAGGAUUUUUCGCAAAGCGUGACAUUGAACUAGGCGAAGAGAUUACGUUUGACUACCAGUUUGAGAACUAUGGUCGAGAAGCACAGAGGUGCUUUUGUGGUGCAGCUUCUUGCUCGGGAUGGAUUGGAAAGCCUCCAGAAGCGUUGGACGAUGACACCAUGGACGAGGAAAUUGAAUCCUUAGUGACGAAAGUGAAGAAAGCGGCGAUGAGGACAUCAAGCCAUGACAACGUGACAGUCGCAGAAGUACAAAAGAGGCUAGUCAAGGCCCUGGAAUCGGGAUGUCGAAACAAGACUCAUGUAUUAGGAUGGAUUAAGUUGAUGGCCGAAAUGUCACUUAUAAAGAACGAGUGUGGGAUAGUGCAAUCGAUGUGCCGCAUUGUUGAAGCUAUAAGCUCAGUUGACACAUCUCUACAACACAUAUUCGUUGCGAAUGGGUUACCUAGUAUAAUUCAAAUCUUGGCUGCGACAUCGAAUCCUCAAUGCCUGACUCGCGAAGAUCUCGAAUUGAAGCACUGCAUAAUUCGAUCAUUGCUUGCAAUGCAGUCUUGUGCUGAAGGAAUUAAC